UCAACCACAACUUUCAUUCAAAGAGCUCUACAAACAGAACUCACAAAUCUUUUCUCUUUCAUUCUCCACCUCAGUUACCGAUCUAAUCUUUGUUUAAAAAUGGUGAUGAUGAACACAAAGAAGCUACUCAAGAUGGCCAAGAAAUGGCAACAAAGAGCAGCCUUCAGCAGGAAAAGAAUCUCACUUCAGACGUCUAGUGCUACUACUAGUAGCUCAACCACUGUAGAGAAGGGUUGUUUCGUGGUUUACACGGCAGAUAAAAUCCGCUUUGCUUUUCCUAUAAGUUACCUGAGAAACUCAGUUGUCCAAGAGCUUUUGAAAAUAUCUGAAGAAGAAUUUGGUCUCCCGACGGAAGGACCAAUCACAGUACCAUUCGAUUCGGCUUUUUUAGAGUAUCUCAUCAAACUGAUCCAAAGACGAAUGGAUGGCAAUACAGAAAAGGCUCUGUUAUUGUCAAUCUCUAGUGCUAGAUGUUCUUCACAAUGCUCUUUGCAACUACAAGAACAACAAAGUAUUACUAAUCAACAAUUGCGUGUAUUCUAAAGUGUAACUACUUCUCUGUUUGUAAAGAUUGUUAAAAGUAUAAAUUAGACAGAUCAUA